AUGGGGAAAAACUGUCACGGGCAGGUCAUCUUGUGCUGGACAGCUGUCUUCUUUGAAGAAUGGAUUCUUUGUCAGGAGAAGGCGCUGCAAAGGGUGCCAACGAAGCGAGCCCGCAAGCCUCGAGAUAGAUUUCUGUCCAAUCCAUCACUUCUUGAAGAGCAUCCUGUUGAGUUCCAAAGGAUCCGCCUGUCGUCCAUAUGGCUGCCCAGGGCAACUCUCGCUGUUCUGCUGGCGCAAACAAGAUCUACAGCGCAGGACAUCUACCACGUAGUAGACGGUCUGUACGUUACCAAGACCUUUACGGAGAAGAGCCUGCGGUCCGCCUUUUCUUACAAGCCCACUGACGAAGACGUCUUUAUCGUCGGUUACCCCAAAUGCGGAACAACCUGGUUGCAAUUCAUCGUUUACAGCAUCUACACGGGCGGCGCCGGUGGGCUUCCCAGCGUAACAGAAUGUCAAAAGACGAUGGCGUUCCUCGAGAUUUCGGGAGCCGAGGGUGCGAUGUCCAUUCAGCGACCGGGAAUCAUCAAGACCCACCUACCGUUCCACUUGCAGCCGUACUCCGCGAAAUCGAAGUACAUCUACGUCGCGCGGAACCCGUACGAUUGCUGCGUCUCCUUCUAUCACCACAUGAAGUGCCGGCCGAGAUAUGGCUUCCAGGACGGCACGUUCGACCAGUUCCUGGACAUGUUUGUCCGCGGCGAGGUCGAUUUCGGCGACUACUUCGACCACCUCCUGUCCUGGUACGAGCACCGUGGUGACCCCAACGUGCUUUUUCUAACGUACGAAGACGUCAAGAAGGACACUGCUGGUUGGAUCUCGAGGAUCGCCGACUUCCUCGGCAAAGAAGAGUACGGCAACGAGAUGAGGGAACAGCCAAGUGUUCUCGAUAAUGUAGUCGAGCUGACCAGCUUCCAGAACAUGAAGGGCAUCAACGAGCAGUUCAGGAACUGGCCAUUGGAACUCGAGGCACUUCCGGAUGAAACGUUGACGGAAGCAACGAGGUCGACGAGGGAAGGUCCUGGCGACUCCAUCAAGCAGCCGCCAACGAAAGAUCACAUCCGUAAGGGAAUCGUUGGUGACUGGAAGAACCAUUUUUCGCCCGAACAAAUCGCACGGAUGAAAAAACGAAUUGCACUCAAGACGCAUGGAAGCGACGUCAUGAGUCUCUGGAAAGACACGGACAUUCCUUGAGUAUCAGAGGCGCGAGAAUAAAGAAU